CACCCCACACCACACCGGCACACCGACCCCGAUCGACCCCCACCCCACCAAACUCUCUCUCUCUCUCUCUCUCAUCUCAUCCACAACUGCCGCCGCACUCAUCCGCCCGGCAAUCCCACUGGCCGGCGCCCUCCGCCCUCAUCCCCUCCACCUUCCCCCACCUUCUAUCCAUCUAUAUGCCCCUAGACUAGAUCGAGCAGGCGGGCGCCGUCAGAUCGGGACUGGUCAUGCCCACGGCGGGGCAUCUGGAUCCGCGCCGCCGUCGAUCCAGGACGCGAGGCUCCUUCUCCAAAUCCACGCCAAGGGUGACGAGGAAUGAGGGGGCUUCCUCCCCGCGCUCUCUCCCGGGACGCCGCCAUCCAUGCCAUCGAGCUCCGACCCCGCCGCUGCCGACAUCUCCGACCCAUGACGAGCAGCUCAGUCAAGAUGUGCGGCAGGGGAGAAAAGGAAGAUUGGGAUGCCGGCAUCAUCUCUGGACGCCGCUGUGCUUCUGCUACUGCUGCAACCCUAGCUAGCACCGACGACGUCAUGGAGCAAGUCAAGACGCAGCAUCUUCACUUCUUUCCUUGCACAUUCCUGUUAAGGAAGCAAAGAAAUCUUGGGUUUAGAAAUGGGAGAAGCACAUAAGGGAGAAGAAGAUGAUUGCAAGGAUGGAGAGGGAGCAAAUCAUUUGGAGGGAUAGAAUGCCACUGUUUGGUGUUUUUAUGCAUUUUUGUUUGCUUUCAACUGUGUUUGCACUAGCUGGGAAUAGGUGACUAGGCAAUAAGUGUAGAUCUAUGGAUAUGCUCUAAUGCUCUUGGUUUACUAUAAAUCUUCGAUUUGGAAUGAUGUGUAAUGCUGCUGGUUUAUUACAAAUCUUGGCUUGUUUUAGUUGUUA